AGCCAUUUGGCUUUCUACUGUUGUCGAUGCCAAGUUUCCAACUGGAUAAAGGGAAAAAUCAAACAAAAAGAUUUGGACUUGGUUUGAAAUCGCGAAGCUCUUCACAAAUCUCCCCAAAAUCUCAAAAUUUUCUUUUGAUUUUUUAGAUUGGAUUAUAAGUGGACAGAUGGGGAAUUUGUUCGUGAAGAAACCAAAGAUCACGGAGGUUGAUCGAGCGAUUCUCUCUCUCAAAACCCAAAGGCGCAAGCUUGGUCAAUAUCAGCAACAGCUUGAGAAAGUAAUUGAAGCCGAGAAGCAAGCUGCAAGAGACUUAAUUCGUGAGAAACGAAAAGACAGGGCUUUGUUAGCAUUGAAGAAGAAGCGGACGCAAGAAGAGUUACUGAAGCAAGUAGAUCAGUGGGUCAUCAAUGUCGAACAACAAAAACCUGAGCAAACAUAUUUUCAACCUGUCGUUGUGACUCAGUUGGCAGAUAUCGAGCUAACGAGCAAGCAGAAAGCAGUCUUCGAGAGCUUAAAGCAAGGCAACAGUGCAAUAAAGGCAAUUCAGAGCGAGGUCAAUCUUGAUGAUGUUCAAAAACUAAUGGACGACACUGCAGAUGCCAAGGCUUAUCAGGAUGAGCUGAGUGCCAUUUUGGGGGAGAAACUAUCAGCAGAAGAUGAAGAAGAGAUCUUAGCAGAACUCGACAACUUGGAAAAUCUGCUCAUUGUUGAAGAUAUGCCUGACGUGCCUACACCGGAGCUCGUGCCUGAAGAACCCGAGAUAUUGGAUCUCCCUGAUGUGCCAACAAAAGCACCCGUCACCCCCAAUGCAGAAAUCGCUUCAACAAAGAGAAAAGUUCUUGAAGAACCUUUGGAAGCUUGAUUCAGAAGAGAAGAAUCUGAUCAGCAUAUCCCAAUGGAUUUCUAUCAUUCUUUGGACACUUUUUUUUUUCUUUUAGGCUCUUGAAGCUCCUUGUGCAUUCUUCUAUUCUUAGUUUUACUCUUGCAGCUUGUAAAGAAGGAAGUUCUUGGAAUCCCCUCUGUGUGACAGAAAACAAAAGAAUGGUUGAUCUUAUGAAUGAUUUGGUUGUUUCUAAAACGUCUCUAGCAUCAAAGAUGCAAACUUUGUAAUCAAUUUUUAGAAGAUAUAUAUAUUAACACAAAUGAAAUCAA